AGAACUACAUUAAAAGAUGAACUCGAAUAAACAAGCCCAUUGUUUGAUUGAGGCACAUGUACACAAAAAAGUUUAGGCAAAGUCCAGUGUAAAACAGAACAACCUAAGAACUCACCCAAAAACCUCUUCUUUCUCUUUCCUCCUCUUCUUCUGUUAAAAAAAAAAAAAUGGGCGUCGAAGAAACUCCGGCGACUGAGAUUUCACCGGAGAUGAUGGAGCAAGUUGAAGCCUUACUUGAGGCUGCUAGAUAUGAUGAUCUGGAUGACCUGAAAGAGUUAGAAUCUACUGGAGUCUCUCUUAAUGCCAAGGAUUCUCAAGGCCGAACAGCUCUUCAUAUGGCAGCGGCCAAUGGUCACCAUGGCAUUGUUGAAUACCUUAUAAGUAAAGGUGUGGAUCUAAAUUCUUUGAAUGAAGAAAAGAAUACACCUCUUCAUUGGGCUUGUCUGAAUGACCGCAUUGAGGUGGUUAAAACUUUGAUUUUGGCUGGAGCAAAUGUCGCGAUCCUUAACAGCCAUGAGCGCACACCAAUAGACGAAGCUUUAAGUAAGGGGAAGAUGGACGUGCUCGAUGCCAUCAAUUCAGCUGUGGCUCAACUGGAGCUCAGUGGAGCAAGCGUCUCAUAAAAAGAAACAUUUUUAGUCACCAAAGUUCCAUAUAGAGCUUAGACCUCUAUUAGGGUUUCGAGGGGAAGUUAUUUGGGAGCAUUGUAUCUACACAAAAAGCCAUAUUCUCACUCUUGUUUGAGCAUCAAUCAUUUUAUAUGAUUUCUACCCUAGUGUUUUAUUUGGCCCUUUAGCAACUACUGUGAAAUUGUCUUUAUUUAAUCCUUGGCUAUAUGUGUUUUGGCCUUUAGGGAUCAAAUACACAUUGUGAAAACUGAUAAUCAGAGGAAUGGCAUAUAAUGGCGGUAUCGCCAAGUUUCUAGUAA